AGAACAAACUUCAAAAUUUGUAACAUGAUUAUGUUUUAGACUUUAUAUGGAUGUGUUAGAUACAAAAACAGAUGUAUUUUUUACAUUUCCUGGAGAAAGAAGAUUAAAAUACAAACAAAAUCUAAUAGAAGACACAAAUAUCUGAUCUAAACGAACUUUUACUCAUCUCAUGAAAAAUAUAAAGUUUUGGUAAAUCAGAUGUUACAUCCUAGAAUUAUGAAUGUCACAAACUGUAGCAUAGAAGUAGAUAAAGCUAUCGAAAGUAUGGUUUACGUGAAGUUAACGUUUUAUAUCGUCAGUUUUAUCGUUAGCGUUAUCGGUAAUAUACUGGUAAUUAUCGUUAUGCUACACAAGAGUAUUGUUACAUCAUUCAGUUUGGCGCUUGCUCAUCUUGCGUUAUGUGACUUGAUUGUCGGUACAGGUUCCAUCAUUGAAGCACAGUCAGUGCUAAAUAAUUCGCUUUGGUAUAGUACCGUGUUAGCUUGCAAGCUUGGAAAGGGUAUUGUUUCUAUUUCGUUUUUGUCAUCUACACAGGCUAUGACAUUAAUAGCACUCGAACGACGUAAUAAAGUCGUGACGCCCCUUUCAAAUCCAUGGACACACAAACGCAUAAUUCUCAGCGUGAUAAUAAUAUGGUUAAUUUCAAUCGUGGUAUACUCACCAUAUAUUUCAUGGUUAACCGUGGAGAUUAGUGGACGUUGUACUUUUACAAGUGCUUUAUCUAAGAAAUCUUCAAGCGCUUAUGUUACCAUUUUGUUUUUAUUAAAGUACGUCAUCCCACUCACAAUUAUGGCUUUGUGUUACGGUAGCACCAUUAAAACAUUAUAUCGCAGGCCAAUAAUGCAGCAGAGACAAUCAAUAUCUGGUACAAGUAUAACUCAAGUUGGCUUUCAUACGAAAGAGGCAAAGCGAGUUUUUAAAACGUUGAUUUUUAGUUUGUUAGCGUUUACUAUCAUGACUCUUCCUAGUCCGGUGUACUGGUUAGUGAUAUUUUACACGGACACAGAAGAAGGUGAAAGACCGGCGGCACUCAUAGAAACACUGGCUGUUCUUUAUUACGUCCAUAGCGGGGUAAAUCCAUUGAUUUAUUUAUUUUUCAACAAAACAUUUCGAAAAGAUUCUUUGAGUACGCUCCGUAAAUUUACGUGUUGGCAGCAGAAACGGGUUUCGGCAUCACGGGAAACGAACAAUAUUGUUAUUAAACCGACACCAGGUAGUUUGUCUGUUGAAAGAUAUUGAUAAAUCAUUUAUAAGACGUUUUAUAGAAGUUGUUUUUUAAUGAUCUGAAAAGAGCCACAUAAAUAGCCUUAUUCUUUUCUUACAAAUCCUUCGAAAUGCAAUGACGUGAAAUGCAAUAACUGUAGUAGCAAAAAUAAAUAAAUAAAUUAAUUAAUUAAUAAACGUUCAACACAAUACCAGACGUUGUGUAUGGUCUUUAUAUUAUUUCUUAAAAGAUAAUAACCUUAGCAAGGCAGUGAAGUAUAAUGGAAUAUAUUAGACACUGGUAACUAUUUAUUUUUUUAAGUGAGGCAGAAUGUAUUUGAAUUUCCGCGCCCAAAGGCGUAGGAAAUUCUUUAAAACCGUCGUUUUUUUCUUUCAGAGCAUUUUUUGAGAAAAAAUCGACCCUGGGAUUUCACGUUCCUCUGAGAGGAGGAUAGUAUUGGUAUAACUGACUAAUUAACUAACUAACCCUGUCCCAAAUGGUCAAUUGCAACGUCACAGAUUUAAACUUCGUACCCAAGCUCCUUAAGUACUGGGAAGUGAUCUAAAUGACGUUUCAGGCCAAAAUUGGUAAUUGUUUUCGACAAAAUUUGGCACAGUUAACAAAAAUAGUAUGCUGAACAUAAUGGUGACAUCAAAUUUUUGAUUUUUGUCACCUAAAUUCCAUUUUAGCCAAAAUUGGUCCAAAACUACUUCAUUUUCGGCCAAUUUCACACAGUUAACAAAAAAAGUAUGCUGAAAAUGAUAAUGAUACAAAAGUUGAUUUUUUGUCACCGUUCAAGACUUUCAACCAUGAAUGAUAGGCUGUAUUUUUUGUUAGCAAUUUCUUUUAAAAUGUGAGUUUAUUAUGACACGUUUCGUUUUGUUUGCUUUUAUUGUAAGAUAUAAUGUCACUUGUGUGCUUUAUCUUCAGAGCUUCAUGCACCAAACCUCUUCGAAUGUUUGGCACGAUAACACAACGAAUUAGCAGGUUGUCAUCAAAUAUUUUGGUAGCGAGCGGAAAUUCUUAGAGCCCCCAGGGCUUCCUGUUUCUUUUUUAAAUGAUGCAGUGCAACAUAUCAUAGUGCACCUUUUCUGAAGCAGACACCUUUAAAGACAGACAAAUUGAUUCUUCUUAGACAAAGUACAACUCUCCAAUAUGAACACCUUAAGCGGACACAUUUUUUGGUCCCGUAUGAUUAUUCGAUCGUUUUGUUCCCCU